GAUCCCAAAACGUAGGUUUAAAAAUGUUCGUUAAAUGGCGUCAGUUCGGCAGUCUGUUUAAAGAUCGGGUUGAUAGGAAUUGGACAACCAGUAUCGAUAUUAUCAACAGAAUAGAUAAAAUCGCACGAAAAUGACACAAAAUAUGCAAAUGAUAGAGGAACUUGAUGAUUGUUUCUUAAAAACGGCGGGGAACAUCAUGAAAUACUUCGACAAUGAAGAAGAGAGACAAAAAAUGUUGAAGCUGAUACGAGAAGCCUUAAUAGCCAAUUGUAAGGAGUCUGCGAGAAUAAAGGCUGCAAAUGAGAUUAAAGAGCAACUGGAAUGUAUGUCUGAGUUAGACUCAGAAAAAGACGUGAAAAACAUCACAACAGAAUAUAAGAAGGCUAUAUCUGAAAUCCAAGUUAAUCCAUUACAAGACAGCAGACUGUUGAAGUAUGAUCGUCAGAUUGAAGGCCUGUGUCUAGCCAACGAAGCUGAAUCUAACGUGCCAGAUGAUGCGGACGCUGAUCUACGGUUGACAGGCAGCAAAAUAAAUAUAAUCGAUCCAAUCUCAAAGAUAAGAAUGACUGAUCCUGUGAGAAAUGCAGUCUGUGGUCACGUAUACGAUAAAGCAAGCCUUGUCGCGAUGUUAGAAAAGAAUAAGAACACUAGAUGUCCUGUGGUGGGUUGCACCAGUCUGGAUUAUAUAGAUUUAAGUCAGUGUCGCUCUGACAUUGUGACUAAAACGUACCUGGAGAAUCAUCCUGCUUAGAUUUGAGA